AAAAAUGGAUUACCUUAAACCCUUUUUAGGAGAUUAAUAUCGAUAGUGAUAUUUAAAAGAAAGCGCUCUUGAUAGUCACGCCGUUGUGUGUGGUUUGAAUUGUUACAUCACGCCGACUUGAUAAAGCAAUUUUAGUUUAAUCGUUAUUCUACCGUGCACCAUGGCGGACUACUCUAAGAAAUUUAAAGAACUGAGAGACAUUGCCAAUAAGUUGAGGAUAGACUCCAUAAAUGCGACAAAUGCCUCAAAUUCAGGGCAUCCAACAUCAUGUGCAUCUAUGGCAGAAAUAAUGUCUGUUUUAUUUUUUCAUACCAUGAAAUAUAAGGUAUCAGAACCUUUACACAAAUCCAAUGAUAGAUUUGUGCUGUCCAAAGGCCAUGCUGCCCCUAUACUAUAUUCAGCUGUGGCCGAAGCUGGGUUUUUCCCAGUUGAAGACUUGUUGAACUUGAGGAAAUUAUCAAGUGACCUGGAAGGACACCCAACUCCUCGUCUUAAUUUCAUUGAUGUUGCUACAGGUUCAUUAGGUCAAGGUCUUUCUGUUGGCUGUGGAAUGGCUUAUGUUGGAAAAUAUUUUGACCAAGCAGCUUACAGAACAUUUGUAUUGCUGGGUGAUGGAGAAUGUGCUGAAGGAUCAGUGUGGGAAGCUUUGAAUUUCGCUUCUUUUUACAAAUUGGACAACUUGUGCAUCAUAUGUGAUGUGAAUAGACUAGGGCAGUCAGGUCCUACAAGUUUAGGGCAUAAUAUGGAUGUGUAUAGGAGCAGAUUCGAAGCUUUUGGAGUAAAUGCCAUUGUUGUUGAUGGUCAUGAUGUUGUGGAAUUAGCCAAGGCAUUUGCUGAAGCAGAAGCUACUAAAGGAAAACCAACUGCCAUCAUUGCCAAAACUUUUAAGGGCCAUGGUCUCAUUGGAAUUGAAGAUAUGGAAAAUUGGCACGGCAAGCCUUUGGGAGACAAGGCUGGAAACAUAAUCAAUAAUUUAUAUAGCCAGAUGCAGAAUAAAGGUCCUUAUAAAUUGGAUAUACCACUUGUAGUUGAUGAUGCGCCUGAUGUUAAUAUCACCAAUGUCAAACUCCAUGAACCACCAAAGUAUAAGAAAGGUGAGUUGGUUGCAACACGUUUAGCAUAUGGAACAGCCCUUGCUAGUAUUGCUAAAUCCAAUGAUAGAGUUGUUGCACUGGACGGCGACACUAAAAAUUCUACCUUCUCUGACAAGAUCAUGAGUGUUAAUCCAAAGCAGCAUAUUGAAUGCUUUAUUGCUGAGCAGAAUUUAGUUGGUGUUGCUAUUGGUGCUGCUUGUCGUAAUAGAAGUAUUACUUUUGCUUCAACAUUUGCUACUUUUUUCACUCGUGCCUUUGACCAGAUUCGUGUUGCUGCCAUUUCAAUGUCAAAUACCAACUUUGUUGGUUCUCACUGUGGAGUAAGUAUUGGUGAAGAUGGUCCAAGCCAGAUGGGUCUAGAAGACUUGGCACUUUUCCGUUCAAUUCCAGGGUCAACUGUCUUCUAUCCUUCUGAUGCUGUUAGUUGUGCCCGAGCUGUUGAAUUUGCCGCGAAUACCAAAGGAAUCUGCUAUAUUAGGACAUCUAGACCAAAUACUGCUGUACUUUACGAAAAUACUCAAGAAUUCCAGAUUGGCAAAUCUCUCAUAGUAAAAGAAAGUAAACAGGAUAAAGUAUUGGUCAUUGGUGCUGGUGUUACUUUGCAUGAAGCUUUAAGAGCAGCUGAGCAAUUGGAAAAAUCUAAUAUCAAGAUCAGAGUUAUGGAUUUGUUUACGGUCAAACCAAUUGAUGCUGAAUCUAUCAAAAAACAUGCUGAACAGUGUAAUGGAAAGAUAAUUGUAGUAGAAGAGCAUUAUCCACAAGGUGGUGUUGGUGAGGCUGUGUCUUCAGCCUGUGCCAUGUCAAAAUUUUUAAUCAAGAUACUGGCGGUUAAUGAAGUUCCAAGAUCUGGACCUCCCCAGAAACUAUUAGAAAAGUAUGGGAUUGAUGCAGGAAGUGUUGUCAAAGCUGUUGAGGAAAUCAUUAAGUUAUAGAAUGCUAUGUUAGUACAUUCCAUGGAAAUUAAUUAUUAUUGCUAAAUUUCUUAAAAUAAUUUUUAAGUGUCAUUUAUCAUUUAUGAAAUAUCAUCAAGAAAUUGUAACUAUAUUUUUGUAUGGGAAAGCCUAAUUUUUUAAGUUUGUUUAUUAUAUAUAUUUUUUUCAAAUAUCAUUAGUUUAAUUUGUUUAUUCUAAAUAAAUUUUAUACUUCCAUAUAGUUUAUUGC